ACGAAACCCAUCAAUUAACGAAAGGGCGGGGCCUCGUUCGCCACGCGCACCUGCAAGCAUUUAUAAAAAAAUGGCCCAAGCUUUAUCCGCCUUUGUUCGAAGCUCAAUGGCGACUUGACCGUCUUCUGGAGUCCUGUUAUCGCCUGAUAAAAGAUGCUGCCGGACGCUUAUGGCUGCGUGGUGGCCAACAGGUUCGGGAAUCUUCCAGACGACGAGUCCGACCCGCUGGACUUGUUAAGCGAGGUGGAAAGUGAAAAGGAGAAACAGAGGAAGAAGAAAAAGAAGGAGGAUGACAAGAAGAGCAAGCAGAAAAAGCCUGGUCAGAAGGAAUCGCAGAGGGACAGGCGUGUCCCCUUAACUACAACAAUGGCGGUUAAGGAGGUUGAUGCAGUAUGCAAGCGGCAACCCCAAGCUCAAGACAACAGAGCGGAGUCCACGAGAGGCUCAAAGACAGCUGCCUUUGGGCAACGUAGGGCUAACCCACCCAUGUACCCUCAGGAGUUCUCUGUCCCCAGGCCUUCCAACGAUCAGGAUGCUGCGCUCAGGAACCGAGCGGGAGGCAGGGGUAGAAAAGAGUAUACGAGGAACCUGGAUAACUUUGUGCUACGAGGCAAAAGAGAAUAUGACAGAGACAAUGGAACUGGAAUUUCCCCUGAUGAGAAGAGAGGUGGCAGAGGUCCGUGGAACUGGGGCUGUGUGGAAGAAUCAUCAAGUGAGUUAAUGGAGGUCACACCUGAUGCUCAUGUACAGGCUGAGGGGGCUCAAGCACCAGCGGAAGAUAACCAGAACAUUGCAGCAGAUGGAGAGAUGAUGGUCCAGGUUGCCAUGGAGAUGACCCUGGAUGAAUGGAAGGCCCUGCAAGAGGUCAGUCGUCCAAAGGCAGAUUUGAAUAUCCGCAAAGCUGAGAACACCAUUCCAUCGAAGGCAAAGGUCAUCCACAAGUCCAAACAUGUGGAACCUAUCAAAGAGAAUCUGGAGGAAAUGGAGGAUGACGGUCAUGUCUUCCGCCGUUCUGUGAAUGACAUCACCUCCCUCUUGGACAUCAACUUUGGAAGUCUGGGACGGCGGGGGAGAGGCAGAGGGACUCGCAGCGGGGGUCCACCCAGCUACCCGCAAAGAGCCGAAUCCAGGCUAGAGAAGGUGAACGAUGUUGCACCUGACCCGGACAACCCAGAAGAUUUUCCAGCACUAUCAGCAAGAAAUUAAGGUUUAUGCUCCAUGUAGUUAGUGGGGGGGAAAGGGUAGCAAUUAAAAACACUUGAGUAGGUUUAAUUCUGCUGUUAAAAUUUGGUGUUUUUAUCUUGCUGUAUUUUUGUUCUACUCCCAUGGCACUGAGCUUUAACUAUAUGAAAAUAAAGACUCAUGCAAAUGUU